AUGGAGAAUCUUCGCCUCAUACCCGUUCUUGUGACUGCGGCCGUCCUUUACAGCGCUGGCGCGGGCGAUACAUCCAACGACGAUGUCGCGACGGCUUUGAGAUCCGAGUCCGAGGAUACCGACUGCCCAGAAGCUCUCCGCCUCCUGCAGCGCCGACAGCGGCGAAGUGGCGAGAUGGGUCGCGGCACAGACCUGGCUCAAGCCGGAGCUGUGGAUUGCUCCAGCACGGAGAUCUUGGAUUUGUCGGGUAGUCGGAUCACUCGCUGGCCUUUCCGGCCGGGACAAAGCUGUCCUCAGCUGCAAAACUUGGACUUGUCCGACAACAUGCUGCAGGAGCUUCCGGUGGACGCUUUUGUCGGCAUGCCCAAUCUCACCGUCCUCCGGCUCGCCCACAACGGCUUUCUGGAGUUUCCGAACACGACGGGCCUGAAAUCCCUCUGGGAAUUAGACCUGAGCUCCAAUGCCAUCUCCUCGAUACCUGCCGGAGCUCUGUUCGAAAAUCCUGAGGUGGUGCAUCUGGACCUGAGCAGGAACAAACUUAGUGACUUGCCCAGCUCCGGCGAGUGGCUGCCCGAGUCCAAUGUCCUUAGCUACCUGACGGUCGCUCAUAACCAGAUCAGCUCUCUCGGAGACGCGUUCUUUCGUGGAUUUGCGGAUCUGGACUGGCUGGACUUGAGCGGGAACGGCUUACAGAUGCUGGAUCCCGAAUCAUUUGCAGGAGUAGAGGACUUGGACAAUCUUCUUCUGAUUGGCAACCCGCUUGGCUGUCGAAUCCCUCUCAUUGACACCUGCUUCUGUCCCGGCGACUGCUCUGCGAACACCACCCGCGAGGCAGCAGAGGAGGAUGAGGAUGAGGAGGAUGAAGAUGAGGAGGAUGAAGAUGAUGAGGAUGACGACGAGGCUGACGACGGGCCUUUGAUUAAGGUUCCUGCCUCCUGGUGCAAGCUACCACUGUGCAUUUCCAAGCGUUCAGUCAGCUCGGGCAGCAAUGCCUCCGUCGCCGCGGCCGAGCAGGAGAUGUUUGGAAACAGCACGUCAGGCAGUGCAGCCGAGAAUGCUUCCAACACCACGUAUGUGGCGGAGAAAGCCGGAAACAGGCGCAACACGACAUCAGCCAAAGGAGCCGAUGUCAUUUCAAACGCUACGUAUGCAGAUGCAAAAGCCAAAAGGUCUGGAAACAGCACAUCGGCCAGUAAAACCGAGAACAUCUCCAAAAGCCUGGAGGUGGGUGCUCAAGCCAAAGGCAUGAGCAAGAGGACAUAUCCUAUGCUGUAG